GGCUUAUCCCAGAGAUGGAGAGACUGACCGAGAUGGCUGAGGAAGGGGUUGAGUUGGAGGGAUCAGCAACCACAGCAGCAGUUACAAACACCAGCCUAGAUGGUGCUUCAAACAUCACCGACGUUACCUUUUUCCCCUACUACCAGCACUCUCUGUAUGUGGCUGCCAGCUACAUCCUGGCCUACUUCCUCAUAUUCCUGCUGUGUAUAAUAGGCAACACCCUGGUUUGCCUGAUCGUACUGGCAAACCAUCGCAUGCGUACAGUCACCAACCUCUUCAUCCUCAACUUGGCUAUCAGUGACCUGCUGGUGGGCAUCUUCUGCAUCCCUACAACACUGGUGGACCACCUCAUCACAGGUUGGCCCUUUCCCAACGCUGUGUGCAAGAUGAGCGGCUUGGUGCAGGGCAUGUCUGUUUCUGCAUCAGUCUUCACCCUGGCGGCCAUUGCUGUUGAAAGGUUUCGCUGCAUAGUGUACCCUCUCCAAGCCAAGCCGACUGUGCUGGUUGCCAAGGCAGCCAUCGUGUUGAUCUGGUUGCUAGCAGCGGGGAUCAUGUGUCCUGCUGCUGUGGCUCUGACUGUGGAGGAAGUCCCUUUCCACUACAUGGUGUACGAUGAGGACUUCAACCACACCUCCCCCCUGUACACCUGCUACGAAGACUUCGCCAACCCUCACAUGAGAAAGGUCUACACUGCGGUUCUGUUUGCUCACGUCUACCUGGUGCCGCUCACUGUCAUCACGGUGAUGUACGGAAGCAUCGGAGGCAAACUGUGUUCUUCUGUGGUCGUGAACAUAGAGCCGAAGCUGGCCCGAGUCCGGGUCGGGGGCAGAAGGGCUGGUCAGCCAAUGAUUUCCCCCAAAAAGAUCAAGGUGAUAAAGAUGCUCAUCCUGGUGGCUUUGCUCUUCAUGCUGUCCUGGUUGCCACUGUGGACCCUGAUGAUGAUGGCUGACUACGCAGGCUUUGACAGAGACCAGCUGGACCUUCUGACCAGCUACAUCUUUCCCUUUGCCCACUGGCUAGCUUUCUCCAACUCCAGUGUCAACCCCAUCAUCUACGGCUACUACAAUGAGAACUUUAGGAGGGGCUUCCAGGCGGUGUGCAAGUCCAGGCCUUUUGGUUGCCAGCUGGGGAGGAGGGCCAAGUGGGGCAGAAAAGAUAGGUCCAUGCAAGUACCUGGUGAAGGUACUGACUUCAGAGAUGCCGCUAACAAUCACAGCCAUCUUGUCUUGGGGAUGAGACAUCGAGUCCAUAACGACGUCAAGUUGCAUGAAACAGCAGAGGUGAAUAGGAGUGUUAAGGUGGGGUGUGUGGUGGUCCACCCAGAGAGAAGUCUCUCAGAUCGAGCGUUGGAAAUGACAGCUGUACAUAAGAAAGACCGUGAUGUUCAGGAUUCAGAGAGGGUCAGUUCCCUGGCUCCUUCAGUGUAUCAGGCGUGGGAUGGCUAGCAGUGUUACCCAGAAAGGAUCGUUGCUUAUGGUCCCGAGGAAGAAUCCGUUAUCAUCACCUGAUGUUGCAUUCGUAAUGUAGUUCCUGUUUGUAAUUAUUGUUACUAGGGAUCGUUACUGGUUCUUCAACUAUCCGCAUAACUGGAGGAGAGAAAAAUAAAUCAAACAUCCCUUAUAAUGCGUGUUUGCUUAACAGGAAAUGUGGCCCGUGUGACCGUGGGCUCGCAGGUAACGAAGAGCGGACGGAUGCCGGUACUGUCGCCUUGUUUCGGAACAAAUGUUGACAGCUUCGUGGUAUAUAAGAGCAUAAAAGAGGAUCUUGUGGAGGUCCACAUUAUAUUAAGGGAUUGUGUUGAUCUGGUCAUAUGUGGGUGUUAUUUGGCAAGUAAGUAAUGGUGUAUGUCAGGGGAUGUUAUGUAACUAGUAGUGUAACUAGUUACUUUCAGCAGUGAGUAAUAUAGUAAAGUAAAGCAUAACUUUAAAAAAUAACCAGGAAUAUGUAAUGAGUAAUAAUCCAUUCCUUUUUUAAGAAACUACCCCCACACUGCUAGGGAUGGAAUGAUGUAUCGGGAAUCGUUUGAAAUCAAAAUGUUGAAAGAUCACAAGAUCAAAAAAGAGAUCAAAAUGGAUGCAAAGGGCCUAGUGCGCAAACAAGAAUCAAGAAAAUCUAGCGCCACAACUUGGCAGAUGUCCGAAGGUCAGUGUUAGCUCGCCUAGGUUAUUACACAUUAUAAAGUACUAGCCCAGUUUCCAUCAGUGUACACAAUAAAUAACCACCUGUCUUAUCAGAAUAAUGUACAACCAUGACACCUUUAAGUGGAAAAAAAUAAGUAAGCAAUAAUUUAUUUUAACCCAUCCAUCCA